GGGACUAGGAUUGAGCUCCCUUGCAAGUCUAGCUAGACGGCUUAGAGACAUAUAGGCAGACACUCAGCGGAACGGAUCGCAUCGAACGGCGGCAGCUAAUAAUAGCCGGGCGUCUCAGUGGCCCCGCGUCAGCAUCUGUAUUCGAGAUUCGUGAGGAACUUCAUCAUCCAUGCUUAAUGCAUCUACAAAUGUGCAACUUUGAUCGCUCAUGGAUGCCUUAUCUGCGCUAAGCAUAGCUGGCACAGUGACUCAAUUUCUCUCCUUCGCUGGUGAGCUGGUAUCACAGGCUUCCGAGCUUCAUGAAUCAGCAAAUAGAUCUACCGCAGAAGUUCAGAACGUCGACACUGUCUAUUCCAAUCUCCUUGAAUUCAGCUUUGGCCUGAAAAAUGCCAAUAGAGAUCUUUCGGAGCUAGAAUCUAACUCGGACGCGAGACACCUGCUCGGGCUAGUCGCCGAGUGUCAGCAUGAUUGCAAUAAGUUACUAGAGAUCACGCGCAUGCUCAAGGCAGAAGGCGAACACAAGACGUGGUACCAAUGUUGUCGCAAGGCGAUUGAGUCAAGAUGGAGAAUGCCCGAGAUCCGUCAACUUGACGAGCGACUACAGAGAACUCAGCUGACGUUAACUUUACUAAUCUGCUCUAUAUCAAGUGAGUUUCAGCACCUCCAGCAGCAACGUAUUGCAAAACUGCAAAAGGACGGCGGACAGCACCGUUUGAACCAAGACCGCCAGUUCGCCGAGCUUCGGGAUAUUUUGCAUUCCAUUCAAUCUCAAGUGACUAAGUUAGAGAAUUCUGGAGAUGGCCUACAUCGGAUUCGACACCCGGGGCCUGUCAUUGAGCUCGAAAAGCAGAUGCAGAACUUGUGUGUCAAUGCGAACGAUAUUCAGAAACAGCAAGCGAUAUUAGAUACAUUGACCUUCGAAUCACGAGUUGUACGCCACCAAGCCAUACCAGAGGCGCAUCCAGGCACAUUCCAAUGGGCUUUCUCUACUAAUGAGGUGGAUGUAGAAGAGCGACAGGAUGAAGCGAAGCUUUUGCACUGGCUUCAGGAGGGAGAGGGAAUAUUUUGGGUGACCGGCCGCCCUGGUUCGGGAAAGUCAACAUUCAUAAAGCAUGUGGCCGAUAGUCCAAACACUCACGCUGCAUUGCGACAGUGGUCGAGUCCAUCUGAACUAGUCAUAUCUAGUCACUAUUUCUGGAUAUUCGGCACGCCGAUGCAGAAGUCAAAAGAGGGUUUAUUGCGGACACUUUUGUUUGAGGUAUUCCGCCAAUUCCCGUCGCUCCUCAAAACCGUAUGCCCAGAAAGGUGGGAGUCUGAGUUCUCGUCAAGCGCCGCUGCGAAGCCAUGGUCGACUAAAGAACUUCGUCACAUCUUGGAGCUGGUUACAUCCCCAGAGGUCGAUGUUAAGAUUUGCUUCUUCAUCGAUGGACUUGACGAAUACAAUGGCGACCAUCUCGAAGUGUCCGAAGAACUUCUGAGACUGUCCCGACUGAGAAACAUUAAGUGUUGUAUCUCAAGUCGACCUUGGAACGUCUUCCACGACGCUUUCGGCUAUGACAGGUCCCAAUAUCUGUGUCUACACAACCUCACGAAACGCGACAUACGCCAAUAUAUUCAGGAUCGGCUAACCCCACACCCCCGGUGGCAAAGACUUGUUGACCAGGCUAAUUAUGAUAGUCAACUCAUCGAUUACAUUGCAGAAAAAUCGCACGGCGUAUUUCUUUGGGUGUCAUUAGUUACUGACAAGCUCCGGAAUGGUCUGACGAACGACGACGAUUUAUCUGAUCUCUCGAGUCGUUUAGCCAAGUUUCCUUCAGACUUGGAAAGCUUCUUCGACCACAUUUUACAGACAGUAGAACCAUUUUACCACGAGAAGAUGGCUGGGACAUUGAGAUUAGCUAGGGCUGCAGAGAAACCUUUAAACAUCUUGUUUUACGAAUUCCACGACGGAGAAUACCGCGAUGACGAGUAUUUCCUCCACAUCAAGCGGCCGCGAUCAGACGGGGAGCGAGAAAGCAUACGAGACCGAGUCCAUCGACGCUUGAACGCUUAUUGUAAAGGUUUAUUAGAAGUUCAUGGCGAUCGAGUCGAGUUUCUUCACCGUACUGUCGCUGAUUAUCUCAGUCUACCUGAUGUAUCGGACAGACUUGCCGUGCAGAGUCCUACGUGGUUUCAUCCUGAGCUGUCAUUAGCAAAAGUCCACUUAGCCUACAUAAAAAUACUACCACUCGGCAUCCCACACCGGCGCCAUCCGGGGCGUUAUGAUGGGGGUAUGUUGGACGAGCACCUCCGCGCGGUAUUGGCCUUGGCCUCUACGCACGACGCAGAGAAAACUCUAGUUAGAGAUAAAUUUCGCCUCCUCUUGUAUGACAUGGAGUCUGUGUUAACAACAGCAACUCUGGGGACCAGCGCUGCCCGCGCGUCUUCUGCCUCGCUGUACUUCAGAGAGCGGCUUCUUCAAUCGCGACUACCGAAAUACCUCGAGAAAAUGCUUGCAACGAAUGUAGAAUACUUGGAAAUCUUUGACUGGCCUCCCCUCGCCGUCAUCCUGGAAGAGGGGUGUCCUAGCCAGCACGUCGAAACGAUCAAGCUCCUGUUCCAACACGGUCAAAAGCCGAACGGAGAGUUUCCACUCUCGAUUUCGGAUAAAGCGAAGCCUCGAAACACACCAUGGACAUCCCUCUUGUCUCUUUUAAUACACCAAACCAGAGAUGGACUGACAUCUCGUUUGCUCCCCUAUUUCGGCCCGUGUCUUCGCGCGGGGAUCUUCGACUUAUUUCUCGACUAUGGAGCGGACCCGAACGCGCCGGUAUACCGCAGAGAAGGACAGCAACCUACAACUGCGUGGAUCGACAUUCUCUUCGCUUGCUUUGAGAUCGAAAGGCAAGACGAAGAACUAUACCUGCGCGUCCUGGGCCAGCUACUACAGGGGAACGCUUCCGUCAAUCACGUGGUUCCGAUGGAUUCCGGGAGUACCCUGUAUGGCGAGGCCACCAGCGAGACUAUCUUGAAGCGCUUCUUCCAACUAUCUCAAGCACUUGAUUAUUCCCAUGACUUCGUAAUGCGAGUCUCGGAGCAUCUCAUUCGGAGGGCCGCGCGGGCGUGCUGGUCGCUUGGUGCUGUGUGGCCAGAGGUUAGACUCGCUUUUGGUGAUGCGAAGACAAAGCAUCUAAAGACAAUUUACCGUGCCGAGAGGCCCUCGCGAUUAUUGAGGUGUGUGUCAUUAUUGAAGGUCGGCAGACGAAAGCCAAAUGAUAAGACUGCACGGUAGUUAUUUGAUCUGUGGUGCUUGUUGCAGAACACAUCGCUGCUGUAGUUAUACUGACCCAGGAAUAUGGGUUGCGGUUGUCACAUACGUUCUUCCGGAGGAAUCUAGUGAGCUCCGAAGGUACCCAACUAUGAAAUACUCAUAUCACGGACAACUUCCGUCUC